AUGCGGCGAGCAACAAGCGUUGGGCGAGAUCGAUUAAUUUCGCUUGGAGUAUGUUUCGGCAAAUUCACAAAGACACGCAAGUUUAAACUGCAUAUAACAGCACUUGAUUAUUUGGCUCAGUAUGCCAAGCACAAAGUAUGGAUAAAACCCAACGGGGAAAUGUCUUUUCUAUAUGGCAAUCACGUUCUCAAAGCUCACAUUGGUCGGAUAACGGAAGACACGCCCGAGCACCAAGGUGUCGUUAUCUACUCUAUGGCUGAUGUGCCAUUGGGGUUUGGCGUGACAGCACGAAAUACAAUAGACAUACGAAAGCUUCAACCAACGGAUAUUGUCGUUUUUCAUCAGGCGGAUGUUGGAGAGUAUUUGCGAGACGAGGAUUCGAUGUUUUAA